UCUUGGUGAGACAUGUCGUGGAUCCGAGAAGGUGAGCUGACCAUCAUCGAGAGAUUCUGUGCCAACAUCAUCAAGGCAGGUCCAAUGCCCAAGCAUGUCGCCUUCAUCAUGGAUGGCAACCGCCGUUAUGCCCAAAAGUGUCACGUGGAGAGGCAGCAGGGGCAUUCGCAAGGCUUUGAUAAGCUGGCACAGACACUACGGUGGUGCUUGAAUCUGGGCAUUCAGGAGGUCACUGUUUAUGCCUUUAGCAUUGAGAACUUCAAACGCUCCAAGGAGGAGGUGGAUGGACUAAUGGAUCUGGCAAGACAGAAGUUCAGCCGCCUACUGGGAGAACA